UCUUAACUCUGCACACAUUGAUUGUAUGGUCUGAAAGAAACCAAUGGCUACUGCGAAGAUAGGACUCGGAGUCCCGACUCACCGAGUCACCUCCGCGGCAGCUCUUUCCUCCGCUGCGUUUACUCCGCCACCGCCCAAUCAGCACCGCCUCAUCUUCAUCAACGCCCGCCGCACUCUCCGUACUCGCACUUCCUCGCUCACACUCCGAGCCUCCGCUUCCCCCUCCUCCUCCUCCGUGGCCUCACAAGCAAAAGGAGUUGAGAAUGUGGUAAUUAUAGGAUCAGGCCCUGCAGGAUACACAGCAGCAAUAUAUGCAGCCCGUGCCAAUUUGAAACCUGUAGUAUUUGAGGGGUACCAAGUGGGUGGUGUUCCCGGGGGACAGUUGAUGACUACAACUGAAGUGGAGAACUUUCCAGGAUUUCCUGAUGGGAUAAGCGGGCCUGAUUUGAUGGACAGGAUGCGACGGCAAGCUGAACGUUGGGGAGCAGAAUUGUAUCAAGAAGAUGUUGAAGCUAUUGAUGUGAAAAAUAGCCCUUUUACUGUCCAAAGUAGUGAACGUAAGGUUAAGUGCCAUGCUGUCAUCUAUGCUACUGGGGCCACUGCAAAACGACUUAGGCUACCCCGAGAAGAUGAAUUUUGGAGCCGAGGAAUUAGUGCUUGUGCAAUUUGUGAUGGUGCAUCACCUCUCUUUAAGGGUCAAGUUCUUGGUGUCGUAGGUGGGGGGGAUACAGCUACGGAGGAAGCAUUAUACUUGACAAAAUAUGCUCGUCAUGUUCACCUACUUGUACGGCGAGACCAGCUAAGGGCUUCCAGAGCCAUGCAAGACAGAGUGUUUGACAAUCCCAAUGUCACCGUGCACUUCAAUACAGAGACUGUGGACAUUGUGAGCAAUACUAAAGGACAGAUGUCUGGCAUUUUAAUUCGAAAGAUUGAUACUGGGGAGGAAUCUGUGUUGGAGGCUAAAGGGCUAUUUUAUGGCAUAGGCCAUUCACCAAAUAGUGAACUGUUGAAAGGUCAAGUAAAACUUGACCAGUCUGGCUACAUACUUGUUGAGGAGGGUACUGCAAAAACUUCAGUUGAAGGUGUAUUUGCUGCUGGAGAUGUGCAGGACCAUGAGUGGAGGCAAGCCGUAACUGCUGCUGGAUCUGGAUGCAUUGCUGCUUUAUCAGUUGAGAGAUAUCUUGUUAGCAAUAAUCUUCUUAUAGAGUUCCAUCAGCCUAAAACUGAUGAGGUUAAGAAGGAACUAACAGACAGGGAUGUUCACGAGGGCUUUGACAUUUCACUUACAAAGCAUAAGGGACAGUAUGCUCUACGAAAAUUGUACCAUGAAAGUCCCAGGCUUAUAUGUGUAUUAUAUACGUCACCCACAUGUGGACCGUGUAGAACACUGAAGCCAAUUCUUAGUAAGGUGAUUGAUGAAUUUGAUCAGAAUGUACAUUUUGUCGAAAUUGAUAUAGAGGAAGAUCAAGAAGUAGCGGCAGCAGCUGGAAUCAUGGGCACUCCAUGUGUGCAGUUUUUUAAAAACAAGGAGAUGCUUAAGACUGUUUCAGGAGUCAAAAUGAAGAGAGAAUACAGAGAAUUCAUUGAAUCGAAUAAAUAAAAAAGUACAUAAAAACAUUGGAGGGUGAAACCCCAAUUCUGUGAUUCAAUUUUGUUUUCUUAUUGGCCAGCUGAAUAGCGCUGUCAAUUUUGACAACUAUUCUUUUAACUGAUUGCAACUUCAUAGAUUGUACAUGUAGAGAUACCAAUCACUGCUAUAAUUUUGAUUGUUCUACAUUAUAUUUUUCCUAUUUAAAUUACAGAAUCCCAACUAAGAACAUCUCAUUUACGA